GGAAAGAAUAGUUUUUCUUUCACGCCCUUUAUGUUUGUUUAACUAACAAGAAAACGUGCCGCUUCGUCCUCCAUUGCAUAUAGAUCGCCACUAAGUAAAAGUUGAUGUUCACAAUUUUGCCGCACAUGAAUAACGAUCUCAAAGGGAAAUUCGUGGAGAUGGUGGACACAAGCAUGUUUGUGAGGAAUGGACUUCAUUCCCCGAUAGUAACCGAAGAAACAGCUCAUGAAAUGCCGAAGAAAGAGGACGAAGCAUCCUCUGCUUGGAAGAUUUUGAAAAUCAUCCUCUUCGUCAUCUGCUUGAUAGUCUUCAUUCAUCAGUCGGUGGGGUUCUUUAAUCUGUACUACACCUAUUCCACCACUACGAGCACGAUUAUGACACAUCCGGAUGUGUUCAAGAUGCCUGCAGUCACAUUUUGCAGCGACAAUCCGGUGAGAAGGAGCAGUUUCUGCGCAAAUUAUUCUUUUCUCUGCGAAGACGCAACUGAAACAGGAUCCUGCGGAAGCUUUGAUUCUAAAAUACCUAAUUUCGGUUAUUGCACAAAGGAACGAGGAGAAAACGCUUUAGACGGAGCGUUCAGAGAGCGUUUAUGCUCUCGUGAAAACUACAGAAAUAACUUUUCGAGCCUUUGUGAAACGCACUUUGGAUCCCUGGCUUGGAGCAUUUCAAACAAUAAAAACGAAAGCGAAUUGACGCCUACAUUUGUGGAAGAUCCAGAACGGAAGACUUUUGUGACUUGUCUCUCCAGUUACCUUCACCUGGAUGAUCGAUUUGAAGUAGAUACGUGGCCAACUGAUUCACAAAUGCAAAAUGAAGUGAUCGAUUAUAAGAUCACCGUUCACAAAAAUGAAUCGUUCUAUCCUUGGACUCACCCUCAAAUCUUUCUGUCGAUUCACUCUUCAUUAGUUCCCGUCAAUCCCCUACUGGAAGGCAUUCCUUUGAAAACUGGACAUAGUUACAGCAUAUACAUACGUCUUGAAGAGGAACACUUGUUAGCUUCUCCUUAUGGAACUAAUUGCACUGAUUAUGAUGAAUUGUGGAGAAAAAAUAACAUGACUGGCCCUCGAUCGCGAGAGAUGUGUCGAGACAUGUGCAUGUGGUUCUCUGCUACCAAUUCUACCAUAAAAAUGGUGUUGCCUAAAUAUUCAUCGGAGGCCUUUACAGAAAUGUACAAACGUUGGAAUUCCACAGAUGAAUGCAUGGAAAAUUGCAGCACAGACUGCACGAUUACGACUCCUUUCACGACUACAACUGACGGCAGCUUGAGACUGCCAGUCUUUUAUAGUCACCGGGAGGCGGCCAGAGCUGGUUCUGGUCCAAUCAAGCGUAUCUCGGUUCCUAAUGGCUUAAUUGCUAAAACUCUGAAGGUUUCCAGUAAUAACUAUUUUGUCGCCAAAGUCUCUAAAUUCGUCGCCAAGCUCUGGUAUUACUGA